AUGGAGUCUGUUGCCUCCAGUUCCAAUUCAACGCCAAACGAUACCAACAACAAUACCCGCCAUCGUCACUCUCGUUUCAAACACAGCCAACCAAUUUCAGACAGAAUAGUAAGAGCUCUCCGCCACCGUCUCCGUCUCCUCCACCGAACCGGCUCCACCUUCUUCAUAUUCGGCGCAACCGGUAACGUCUACACCGUAACACUAUCCUCUACACCCACAUGCACGUGCCCGGACCGAACAACCCCAUGCAAACACAUCAUCUUCGUCUUGAUUCGAGUCCUAGGCGUUUCGCAAAACGACGCGUGUGUUCGUCGAAGAAACCUACGACCAUGUCAUCUUCAAAGACUCCUAAACAUGCCAACGUUGCCGGAAGCGGUUGCAGGGUUUACGCUACGACAGAGGUUUCAUCAGGUGUUCUUUGAAGGAGGGUCCAAGAAGGGGAAGAGUAAUGUAGAAAUGGAAGAAGGUUCGACGUGUCCGGUCUGUCUUGAAGAGAUGGGGAAGGAAGAGGAGUUGGUGGCUUGUGGAACAUGUAAGAAUGUUAUCCAUGAAGAGUGUUUGGUUAGGUGGAAGAGAAGUAGAGGAAGAAGAUCAGCGAGUUGUGUGAUUUGUAGGGCAAGGUGGAGGGAUAGAGUGGAACAAGAUACGUAUGUUAAUCUUUCUGCUUAUGUUAGUGAGGAUGAUUUUAGGGCACAAUCAUCUGGGGGGAUUUGUACUGACUAG